CUCUAAGCUCGUGGCGUCUCUGCUCUUCAGAAUGAUCAUGAUCCCUCCCACAGGUGGCUGACUGACCUGCGGCCACGAUCUCCCAUAUCCAAAAUGGACGGCGGUACAUUUAGCGGUAUUAACACGCUCUGGAAGUUCUCUGAGUUCGUGAUCCGGCUGAACGACGUCGAUGCCGAAAACAGCAUCUCUGUACGGACGAUUCAGAACGUGCGAUCUGAUCUCUUCGAAUGCGAGCGAUUGCUUCACCAGCCGUCGAUUCGUGCUUCGUUUGACCAAAACCCGGACAAGAGGCGCUGGAUAGAGGGCAACAUUUAUGGCACAAAAUGCGCGUUGAACGAGAUCGGACUGUAUGUUGAAAGAAAGCGAAGUGACAAGGAGAGGGAUGGAAUGAUCAGCUUUGGACAUCGGGUAGCUUGGGUCCUGGCCGAUGGCGAGAAGUUGGACAGUUGGCGGAUGGAAAUGAGUGCGUGUCAGCAAAGCUUGACGUUGGUUUUGGGGCAACUGCAUCAGCUUGAAAGUAAGGCUGACGGAGGAGGCAAGGGUAAUUUUCAUGAAAAGAAGGAGGGACUAGGGCCGCCGCCAAUGCAUGAUGCUGUGGUUGAUGAUCUAGUUUUCAAGAGUCCGUAUAGUAGGAGGAAGAAGGCUAGGAGGAAAGAGGAGGAUAUCGCAGAGGAGACAGCUGCUGAGAGGAAGAUUGAAACGAUACAGGUGGGAAAUGCACCGCAACCCAACAUACAGUUCACAACUGCAUAUCCUCCACGAUGGGAACCCAGAACACUGCCUCCCGUACAAAGUUCGAAUCAGCCAGCCGAGACGCAUCAUUCCGAGAUCUCUUUUCUGGGAUGGGAUGUGAGAGCUUAUAAAGCCUCGCCAAACUCAAGUUACCCUUCGAAUGAGUAUAUUGCGGAGCUGGACUCAUUCAAUUCUGCCAAUCGGCUCGGACCUGUAGACCCAUGGGAGCUGGCCAGUAAGCCUAGGGGUCCGAAUGUACAUCAACGAACUGCAUCGUAUCCAUUAGCUCCUUCAGAGAGACCACUAUCGCAAUCAGCGGCCUCAUCUUCGAGUUACACCCGACCCACAGCCACACACCAACAGGCGCCAGCUGCCGGGCGGGAUACGAGAAGAUAUUCUUCUCCAGUUAAUCGAAGGCCACUUCCAGCCUCUGUAAGUCAAAUAUCGCUGGGUUCCAGGCAAAGUCUGCUCCAGAUGAUGAGUUCCAUGUCAAUAGAAAGCGGAAGUGCUUCAACAAUGCAAGCGGGAUAUCCAGUGGGAAAUACCGGGGGCUACCAAGGGCCAGUGCCAGUGGAGCUGCCCGCUCAUCAAGCGGCUAUAACUCCAUACCAAAAUCCGUACCGCAUCGGGUCUGUCGAAUUGCCCACUGACAGCUCUCCCGUUUCCAAACACGCGGAUGUCGAGCUGCCGGCUGACAGCCCUCCCGUUUUCAAUCGUGUGGAUGUCGCGGGAGGGACAGAUUCGUAUUUGAGAUACCCGCAAGAAAGAAGGAGUAUUCCCAGUGCCCAAAGUUCUUCCACAUCGACCGGAACCCAAAGUAACUUGACAUUCAACCAGCAUAUACCACUGGCAUCGAAUCCGUACUUCGCCACACCGAUGCAUUCGACAUCCGCGACGACCGGGCUCCAGGCUACCUCAGGUCCAAGUCCCCCCAUACCUCCAAAGUCAAGUCAAUACUUUAGCGAUCAGAUUCAACUUUCGUAUCCAAUGAAACCGACGAGCUCUCGGCCUCCAUCAAAACAUAGAGCAAGCAGCAUAUCGUCGUACCCAUCGCCGGUCUCUCCGACCGUCUCGGUAACAUCAUCGUCAUCCCAGGAAAUCGCCAUGAGCGAGCCAAUGAGCCGCGCUACGACAGCCGAGUCGCAAAAGAGACGCCGGCGACGAGCAGCGAUGGAUGCAGCUCUCAGUCUUGGCAGGCUGAUGGGCUCGCUGAUGGCGCAACCGGCUCCGGCGCCCUGCAUAUACGAUACCUCGUGGCGACGGAUUGGAGGUGUGGAAGAUGGGCGGAGUCGUAGUGGGUGCUUGGGGAGGCGUCGUGGCUGUCCGUGA